CCAUGGUGUGACCCAAACAAUAUUCUGUCAUAUUUUAAAUAAACAAACUGAAACUGAUUUAUCUAUUCUUAGAAUUUUAAUAUCAAACAUCGAUACCACAUGACGCGGCAAAAUGUUAAUAUCUGUGAAACGGUUGCGUACGAAAAUGAAAACAAAAGCUUUUCAUUAUUUGAGAUGUGGUGCGAAGACCGCGACCUUUCUGUUCUGGGCGACGUUAUACAUGGUGGUCAUGAAAAUGACAAUAUUCAAGAGCAAUGUCAAUACACCAGUCGUGAGGGAUUGGUCAAUAGUACCUGACAAUUACACCAAAUGGCUGUUACAAGGUCCAGUUCUAGGAGACGAUGAAUCAGACACUUAUCCCAACAACGUGGAGUGGAUGGAGCCCGAUAAUGCCACAAUAGCGGAUUUGGAGAAACGAGCACAAAGAGUACAAGACGUAUGUCGAAAGAGAUCUCUUCCAUCCAAGUCAAUUAACAGCAAAGAGUUUUUUGUGGAUCAUGCUCAUAAUCUUGUUUGGUGCAAUAUUUUUAAGGCAGCAAGUUCAUCGUGGUUAUAUAAAUUUAAUAUACUUGGUGGUUAUGAGAAAAAAUUUUUGGCACGAACUCGACAAACACCACUCAUGCUAGCCCGAAAAAAGUUCCCCAGACCUAGUGAAGAAGAAUUACGAGAUGCAGUAAAUACACCGGGUGUCAUUUCCCUUUUGGUCGUACGUGAACCAUUUGUUCGUCUGUUGUCAGCUUAUCGAGACAAAUUAGAAAACAUUGCACCGCCUUUUUAUAGGAAAUUGGCAAGGGCUAUUGUAGCAGAGAACAGAGAAAAGGCAACAAAAAUUUUUGGACCGAUCAAAAGUUUUGGUCCUACGUUUUAUGAAUUCGUAACAUAUUUGACUAAAAAAUUUAAGGACAAAGACAAAUCAUUUACUUUUGAUGAACACUGGGCACCAUAUUAUAAAUUUUGCUCUCCAUGUGCGGUUAAUUUCAGUGUUAUUUCUAAAGUGGAAACAUUAUCGAGAGAUUCAGCAUACGUGAUACAGCAACUGGGACUGGGCCACGUGUUAGGAAGUAAAGUCAAUGAUAGAAGAACACGACUUCGUACAGUGAUGAAUAAAUCUAAAGAUGGAAAAAAUACAACCGCCUUAAUGAAACAUUACUUUAGCCAGCUCGAUGAGCAAAUGCUUAACGAUUUGUUGUUAAUAUAUGGUAUAGAUUUUGAGAUGUUUGGAUAUGAUCCUAAAGUUUAUAGUCGUUAUGUAAGAAAAUAA